AUGCCCACCUACGCUGAAGAUCGUGCCCGGCGUCCUAUUCAGCGUUUCCGACGCUGUGACGGUAUUCCAGGUGUCGAUCCACAGUAUCCUCCUCAUCUUCGAAACUCAGCUCUCGACCAGCAUUAUCCUCCUUCUAUUGGAAGUUCUAUCACAUCUGACUCUGAUAGGAGCGAUGAAGAGAACUUUCCACCUACCAUUGCUGGACCAACUGUCUCAUCAGGGGAUCUUGACGUCUGGGAUAUCUACCCGCCCUACGACGAAUAUCCGGCUGAAACCGAAUCGGACCCUACCGACCAGUAUUCAGUUGGCAGUGACCAGUUUUUAAUUGAUCCAAAUUUGAUCCCGCCCUCGCCCCCAAGCAGUUUCAUUGCUCAAGGUUUCAAUUGCUUCUGCAGCCUUUUCGUCCGCAGUCCAAGCCCCACCGUUUCCCUUCCUAAGCCAUACGCGAGGUGCAUCACAUCCAGUAAUAGCUCCGAUAUCAUUCACGAGUGGCCAAGCACCACACACGGAUCUUCCACGCUGCCCACGUUCAGUCGGCUUAACCUUGGUAGGCUUGCUGCUCGGCAGCCAGAGAAGCCGAAGAAGCCUAGCUUCCUCUCCUCUCUCGGCAAGUUUUUUUGCAACCUGUGGGGUCGCAAGAAAGCCCGUCCUGCUGAGGAUUCUCAUUGUCCUUCCAUUGGAUCUCCCGGCUUCGCGAAGAAGUCAGCGGAUCCAGCCAAAAUGGCGACCUUACAAGUCCGGGGCCCGGACUUCUCUGUCACAAAGCAAAAGGCGAUAGAAGAUGCUAAAAUUAUGCAGUCUACUGUGAACGAGCAGUGUGUGUCUGCGGGCCAGGAGGUUCCUCCCUACAUUCUUUCUGAAUUGAUCGGUAAAGGAAGUUUUGGAAGGGUGUACAAGGCCACAGCUGUCAAAAAUAGCCAGCUAGUGGCCGUCAAGAUUAUCGACAUUGAGGAGAGCGAUACGCUUAACCCCAAACUCUCCGACACAUACGGAGAAUUUCUAAAAGAGAUCAAUGCCCUGAAGCUUCUCAGCAACAGCGGCGCUAAGAAUAUUAACCAUGUGAUUGACGCUCUCCCUGUUGGUCAGUCGAUGUGGAUGAUCACCGAGUACUGCGCCGGAGGUAGCGUCGCGACCUUGAUGAAACCCACAGCCCCCGGGGGACUGCAAGAAAGGUGGAUUAUUCCCAUCCUUCGAGAAGUCGCUGAGGCAAUCUUCUGGGUUCACAAGCAAGGCAUCAUCCACCGCGAUAUCAAAUGCGCAAACAUCCUAAUACACGAAGCUGGUGGUGUCCAGCUAUGCGAUUUCGGCGUCGCCGGUGUUAUCGAGACCAAGUUUGACAAGCGGUCAACCUUUAUCGGAACAUUACACUGGAUGGCGCCCGAGCUGUUCGCAUUCGAACAGACUGCCUCGUACGGAACAGAGGUUGACAUUUGGGCCUUUGGGUCCAUGGUUUAUGAAAUCGCAUCUGGCCUUCCGCCAAACACCCAGUUGAUGGACAUGGUGCGACUCGGAAAUCACCUGAAGCAACAUUCCCCAAGACUGGAGGGAGACCAAUACAGCGACGGUCUGAAGGACCUCGUGGCUUAUGCUCUCGAGGAGUCGCCGAGGAACCGACCAACCAUCGAACAAAUACAACGCCACCCAUACAUCUUUAAUUCCUCCACGGCCUACCCCACAUCGUCGCUUGCCAUGCUUGUCCGAGCUUACAAGCUAUGGGAAGCGCAAGGUGGGAGCCGGAAAUCUCUCUUUGCCCCUGGGGGCGCGCAGGUGCCGCAGGAUUUUCCGUCAACAGCACUCGCAAGCGACGAAUGGAACUUUAGCACCACUGCUGCUUUCGAUCAACAGGUCUUUAGAGACAACGACACUCAAACAGUCUACGAAGCCUACGGCACGCAAGUUGACUUCGGCGCUGAUUUAACCGAUACCGAACAGACGUCGCGACCUCAAAAGGGGAGGGGAAGGCGCAAGCCGCCAAAUUUCCCAGUUCUGAAAGCACCCCUUGAGAAGGUUUUUGAUCCAAACACCUUGACUGGGUACGCGGAAAAUUCCAAGAAUUAUUAUGGCGUAGGGCCUCCACCUCCACCAACCUCCGAUCUGCCUCUCAGGGAUGGCUCUGGUCAGGGGUCCGAUGUUAGGGAGUCUCUUAUCGACUUGGAUGCGUCUCUCCAUGGCGGGGAACUCUCACACUUUGCCGAUAUGGAAACCAUCCGAGCAUCGGGUGUACCGCGUGCUUCGCUGGAUUACAGCUACAGCAUGCCUGAGCCGCAGGAUUUCAAUAAGCCCCCUCUCAGCGACCCUGAGCAGUUCAACAUCAAUCGAAGAACCCGAGACUGGAAGUUCCCUACCAUGGCGCCCCCCGCAUCAGCAAACCCAGAGAUUUCCCGAUUCCCUUUUAACGAAGAGCACUCCGCCCCUAGCUCGGCGGGUCAGCCAGGACUCCAUCAUUACACCGCUGAUCCUCUAUCCAUGGCGCCUACCUAUAGCAGCAGUGAACAGCUAGCUGUCCCCCGCGCCGUUUCCCAGGCCGCCAACCGUGCAUCCGCUGGCAGCCUUAUCGACCUCGACAUGAGUCUUCCAGACCCCAUUAGCGACCCUAUUCGACCCUCUACCGCCCACUCCGACGUGGGGUCCGUAACCGGUUCCGAAUUAGGAGGCCCCAACAACCCGUUCGACCUUGAGCGCCACGCAAGCCUCUACGUACCCUUUUCGAACCGCGAGCCGUCCAUCUACGUCUCCGACGAUUCCACCUUCGCCAACCCCUUCUCCGACCUCGCAGCGGCUACUUUAACACAGAGACUAAGCCGCAGAGGAUACCACUCCGGAAGCCAAUCCUUCAGCAGCAACGAGUACUCCGACAACGAGUAUCUCGCCCCGCAGCCCAUGUACCAGCAGCUCCAGCAACAACAUCAGCCGCUCGAACCUCAACCCCGACCCCAGCCUCGACCGCCCGCCCAAGCUAUGCCCAUAUCGACUCCAUCUUCUAUUUCUUCAAGAGGACUCCUCCUGCCUGUGGCACCUAACGCGCCUUCCGGCCGUGUCAUGCUCGGACAGGCGAGCCUCGAAGAGGUCAAGGACGAGUUUAGGAGGCUCAUGAUGAGCUUUGGCGAACACUUGGACAUUGCAAAUGAGAAGCUGGCGGAUUUGCCGGUUAGGAGGGCGGCUAGGAUAGACUCACUUCUGAGGGAGUGA